CUCUAAUACGUAUUUUUAUUUUUAUUUUAUUUUUUAAAUAUUUUUUUCCCACCCUCUAAUACCUCAGUGCACUGAGUUUUUUCGUUUUUUAUUCAUUUCCCGCAACCAGUAGUGGGCGGCAAUAGACCAUUUCCGGUGUUGUCCGCGGUAAAACACCACCACCGAAGAAGAUUAUUAAGGUCAGAUUGAUUCAAGAAGUGAAGAUGCCGACUGCCUACGAGAGGUUCAAUUUGCACACUAGCCCAGAGAAGUUCUACAUUGAGGCCUGUGAUGACGGGGUGGAUGCAGUCCUGGCCAUCGACAGGGUGUCCAAUGAGAUGACCCUGACUGGGAAGAAGGAUGUUCCGCCGUCAGCCAACACCAGGCCCAUUUGUGGCAUCAUGGGGACCGUCCGCCUGGUGGCAGGGAUGUACCUGAUUGUCAUCACCAAGAAGAGGAAUGUGGGCAGCCUCUUGGGUCACGCUGUGUGGAAGGCAGUGGAUUUUGACGUCAUUUCCUACAAAAAGACUGUGCUUCACCUCACUGAGAACCAGACGCAAGACAACAAGACAUUCCUGUCCAUGAUUAACAACGUGCUGACAACAGAUGGAUUCUACUUCUGCACUGACUAUGACCUGACCCACAGCCUCCAGAGACUGGCCAACGUCAGCCACGAUUUCCAGGAGAUGAGCCUGCUGGAGAGGGCAGAUCAGAGGUUCGUGUGGAAUGGAAGCCUACUGAGAGAGUUCCUUACCCAGCCGGAGCUCCACAAGUUUGCGAUCCCUGUUGUCCAUGGAUUCAUUGUGAUGAAGCCGUGCCGUGUCAACGGGAAGAUCUUUGAAUGGAUCCUCAUAUCCAGGAGGAGUUGCUUCAGGGCUGGGGUCAGGUACUACGUCAGAGGUAUCGAUUCUGAGGGCCACGCUGCUAACUUUGUGGAGACUGAGCAAAUAGUCCUGUACAAUGGAGGGAGGGCUUCAUUCGUACAGACACGAGGCUCCAUGCCCUUCUUCUGGUCUCAGAGGCCCAACCUGAAAUACAAGCCCAAACCACUGAUCAGCAAGAACACCAAUCACAUGGACGGCUUCCAGAGGCAUUUUGACUCCCAGGUCCUCAUCUAUGGAAAGCAGACCAUUCUGAACCUGAUCAACCAGAAGGGUUCAGAGAAGCCACUGGAGCAAGCCUUUGCCAAGAUGGUGACUGGCAUGGAGAGCGGCAUGAUCAAGUAUGUAGCAUUUGACUUCCACAAGGAGUGCAGUGGGAUGAGAUGGGAUCGGCUGAAUAUUCUGUUGGACAAUGUGGCUGAGACACAAGAUGAAUACAGCUAUUUCAUGGUAGACACGGAGGGGAAGGUGUUGUCCCAGCAGAAGGGGACGUUCCGCAGUAACUGCAUGGACUGUCUGGACCGCACCAACGUUAUUCAGAGCAUGCUGGCCCGCCGUUCCAUACAGUCCCAGCUACAGAGGAUGGGUGUCCUACAUGUGGCCCAGCGGAUUGAGGAACAGGCCGAUUUUGAGAAGAUCUAUAAGAACGCUUGGGCUGACAAUGCCAACGCAUGCGCCAAGCAGUAUGCCGGUACGGGAGCCCUGAAGACUGACUUCACCAGGACCGGGAAGAGGACCCAGAUGGGUCUGGUGAUGGACGGAGUGAACUCUGCCAUCCGUUACUACAAGAAUAACUUCUCUGACGGCUUCAGACAAGAUUCCAUUGAUUUGUUCCUUGGAAACUAUGCUGUUGAUGAAACGGACAGCCCCACUCCACUCCGCAUCCAGAAGGACUGGAAGUUCCUCACGCUGCCCAUCAUCAUGGUGGUCGCAUUCUCCAUGUGUAUCAUCUGUCUCCUCAUGGCUGGUGACACAUGGACUGAGACCCUGGCCUAUUUGUUGUUCUGGGGCACUGCUGCUGCCGUCACCGCUGCCGUCAUAGUCUUCAAUGGCCGUGACUUUGUGGACGCCCCCAAACUGGUGCAGAAAGAGAAGAUGGACUGAACCUGUGUGUAUGUGGAAAGCAGCUCGGCCCAGCAUACUCCUAUACCUCUUCAUUCAACUCUUCUUCCUCUUCUUCCUCCCGGCUGCUCGAGGCUCGGACUCUGUACAUAACUGAUCUCCACGCUGUCGUCCUGGGGGGGGGGGGACCCAAAUGGCACCCUAUUCCCUAUAUAGUGCACUUUAAUGGGGUGCCAUUUGGGAGGUAGCCUUAUAGUUUCUAUUGGGGUUUCUACCCGAACCCUGAACUCCUGUUUAUCAGGCAGCAAACCCACUGAAGCUGGGCUGAACUGUAGUCUCCUGUCAGACUCUCACACCUCCUUCGCUUUCCAGGCCAUCAUCCUAUUCCACAUUCCUUAGAUCAUGGUGUAUAUUUACCUUGAGUUUCAUUUAUUUUGUUGUCUGGUGUUGGAGAGGGUUGGUGGUUGGCGUAGUCGGCCAAACCGUGGUGACGGUUUAACCAACUUAAGGCACACAGGGUUAUUACAGAGGUCUCAGAAAACCUGUCAUACUUCAGUGAAUUGCAGUAGAAUUCUACAUUUUCCAUGUAGCCAACUUAAAAACAAGAGAAUAUUCAUGUUAUACAUUAAUGAAUGGUUUCUUUAGUUUAACUUUUCUGUAAUUUUUAAAAUGCAAUUAUGUAUUUUAAACUAUAGGAAUCCACAGUUGGCAUUUUCACAGGCACUAGAAUGACUGGGGUACAUUGUUCAGAAAGAUAACCAUGUUUUGGUUGUCCUAUUGAACGUAAGACGCCUUACUAAACUAAUUUAAAGAAGAGCUAUACAACUAAACUAGCUAGUUAUCCUAGAGAAGAAUGAUGUGGUGGGGGGGGAUGUCUUCCUACUAUGAACAUAAUCAUGUAAAGUAUUUACGAUUCUAUUUUUAAGUAAGGGUUUUGUGCUUGUCUUACCAUCUUAUUUUUGCACUUUGGGUGAACAUCUAAGAAGUUGCACAUUUAGUAUUUGAUCUGAGAGGUGUGAAAUCUUUCAAUGUUCAUUCAUUGUUGGUUAUAGUGGUCACUAUACCAGUGUUCUCCAACCCUGUUCCUGGAGAGCUACCGUCCUGUAUGUUCAUUCCAAACCUUACCUAGCGCACCUGAUUCUAAUAAUUAGCUGGUUGGUCAGCUGAAUCGGGUUAGUUACAACUGGGGUUGGAGCGAAAACCUGCAGAAGGGUAGCUCUCCAGGAACAGGGUUGGAGAGCCCUGCGCUAUACCGUAGUUGUCAUGUGGUGGCCAUUUUUUCCAGCUGUUUGUUUAUAAUAACCUUGUCAACUAGAACACACUGACACGACGUCUCACACUAUUUUGGAAGUGUUAUGGUCUUGCUGAGGGUUUCCCCUGGCUCUACUAAACCCUCAGUGGAUUGAGUGUAACCCUCCUGGUCUAGAUCAGUGUUUUCCAAACCUGGUCCUCCAGGACCCCCAACAGUAAACACUAUUAUUGUAACCCUUUACAAGCACACCUGAUUCAACUAAUCAUCAAGCCCAUCAAUGAGUUGAACGAGGUGUGUUUGUAGCCCUUGACAAUGAAACUACUGUUGGAGGACCAGGGUUGGAAAACACUGAUUUAGAUACUGCCUUUACAAGCUUGUCCCUCAAUGGAUGAGGGGGUGGACUUAAGAGAAUCAUUCAUUGUUCUCAUGAAUACGUUUGCGUAUGAUUAAUGGUUUUCAGGGUGUUUCCAGAUGUACUGUAUUCAUUAGAGAUUGUAUUGUAGACUGUUUAUGUUGCUAUGCCUUUCUGUGCCUGCUUUCCAGCUCGGAUUUUGAUCUUGCAUUCAUAAUACAGAAGUAGUUGUCAUGGUGGAAAUAUUCUAGAACAUAAUUGCAAUUCCAUUGCUCCUUUUAGAAUGUGUUAUAGGAAUCUGCCGGUGAUUUACUACAAGCAGUUUUAGAGCUUUAGCUAAAUUAGAAUCAUGUUGAAAUGCUAGAACUGUUUUAUUCAAGCUGGGCAGUGGUAACCACAGAGGGGAGGACUAACUUGAGCUUGUCUACUGUGCUACCGCUAUCUGUUUCCAUGAACAUAUCCUUGUAAUUAUAUAUACUGUAUAUUUUACAUUAAGAUUGUAUGCUGAGCACUUAGUUGCAGAUACUAAAUGUAAAGAUCAAGCAGUGUUUCAUUUUUUGUGUUUUUUUUUGGGAUGAGACUUUAGAAGAAAUGUUUCCUGGUUUUUCGUGUGAGUCAACAAGAGCGUUUUGAAGGCAUAUAAUUUGCCUGGUGAAUAUUUCUCUUUUAUAUGGGGAUUGGGUACUAUCUUGGGCUUAUGUUUGAAUGUCUUUAUUUUGGAAUAUGGUUGUUGUAUUCAUGAUUUAGUAGUGGAUAAUAUUUUUUUCCCUCUUCAUCACCAUUCCUUGGUUGUUAUUCAAAACCCUGAACAUUAAUUUCCUAUGACCAUAAUACAUUUUAACUGGACUGAUGUAGCCUGGUCCCAGAUCUGUUUGUGCUAUAAUGCCAAUCCUUGUCAUGGAGUUUGCAUGAUAGCACAGACUGGAACCCAGGCUUUUUUUUCAUUUUGCAAAUGUAAGUGGCAGGCUGUUACUAUUAAACUAGUUAUUUAUCGUGACAUUGGUUUGCUAGAAAGACCAUAUUCCCAGUUGGUGCAGUGUAACUUCAGAAAAUGUAAAGAAAAUGACAUCCUUCAAAAAUUGCUACUGAGUGGUUCAGGGAAUUGACAGGAUCGGUAGCUUGCUACAUUUAAAAAAAAUUGACAUCACAUGGUUAUACUUUUUCAAUCUGAUUGGCUAUAACCUAAACAAAGUUUGAUAUUUAACUCGCAAUGUAAUUUAGAGGGUUGUUGCAGAUGUCCUAUUUCAUAAUGGUCAUUUUCCUGAAUAGGCUAUCCUAUCCUCUUGUUUGACAGCUAGGCGAUGACCUUGCUGUGAAUGCAAUUAUGUAAACUGUCAAUUGACACAUUAUUCCCCACUUUGUAAUUCCAUGUGAGGUUUAUGGAUGAUUUAUCAAUAAACAACUAUUUAAAAUA